GAAAUUGUAUCAUUCCAUCCUUACUUGUACAAAAGCCAACACAAACGUUUCCGUUAUAAAAAAAAAAAAGAAAAAAGAAAAUAACGGUGUGUUUAACCGUGUGUCGUCUUGCUUUAAAUGUUUUCUUGAGUUGUGUCGAUUUCAAUUUCUAUUUGAAUGACGGUUUAACAUAGAGAAAGUAAACGUUUGUCACUCUUUUUACUUAAAUGAGUUUACUUAAAAUUAAAAAAUAAUACAAAAAAAAAGAAAAAAUAAAUAAAAAAUUAAAAAAUAUUUUAUCUGAAAUUAAUUUUAAAAAAGGACAUUAUUUAUUAUUGAAGGUCGUUGAAGGUGUGUAACAAUUCGUUUAAAUUGUGUGUGAAAGCACAAUAAAAUCGAAACCAAAAAUUAAAAAUAAUAAUAUGGCUAACAGAGUAACUGUAAUUAGUGUUGUGUGUUUGAUAACACUAACGGCCGCCCUACCAGCUGAAGAAACCCGUUCUCACGCCCGCAAUGCCGUAGUAGCCGAUAACGAUAUUAUGGAUAGCAUUUACAGCGAUUGCCUGCGCAAAGAUUCAGUAUCGUGUGUCAAAUACAAACUUUUUAAUUUUGUGGAUAAGGUUUUAGGGGCGCGCGAACAAUUCGCCCUAACCGAGGGUGUAACAGUCGUACGUACACCAGAUGCGCCAGCUAAUGACUACGGCCGGGCCAUUUCCGGAGAUGAAACAUUCGAAUCGCUUGCUCUAAACCGUAUUUCAGGCUUUUUGAAUACGCACACGAUUAAGGUGGAACUAAAGGGAUCCGAUAUAGUGCAAGCGGUUAGUUCGACUGGUCGAGCCUUGGAAGAUGUCUCCGAAUCUUUAUUCGGCAGUGAUGAUACUAACCUUACAGAGGAAAGUCGAGGCAAGAAAAAAAAAGCUGCUAAAAUUCUUGGACCUAUACUGGCGUUAAUCGCUUUAAAGGCGGCUGCUCUCGUACCUUUAAUGUUGGGUGCCAUAGCCUUAAUAGCUGGUAAGGCUCUUCUAAUCGGCAAAAUAGCAUUGGUGCUGUCUGCUGUAAUAGGGCUCAAGAAACUUUUAUCGCAAGAGAAACAUGUCACCUACGAAGUGGUAGCUCAUCCACAUCACAGUUCCAGUCACAGUAUAAGUCACGAUUCAUAUGGCAGCGGGUAUAGCGCCGAUGUAGGUUCCUCGGGUUCGUAUGGCAGUUCAGGUCACGGAAGUUGGGGCCGUUCUUUGGACGCCCAAGAUAUGGCAUAUGGUGCCCAGAAACCCAAAGUUUAAGCAAAUUACUUAGUUGAAGGCUUACGCAUUAAACGCAUUAACUCACGCACUAGCUCACCCACUCAUACCUAAAAUGAAACGCGCGCGCACGUCUUAUUAGAACAACGAAAGUAACGACUGAUAUGAAAAUGAUCGAACGAUAAAGAAGAAGAAGAAGAAGAAGAGCAAAAAGUCCGUGUUAUUUUCAGACUUUUUGAGUCUUCACUGUUUUUCUCUCAGAUUUUUUUUUAUAAUUACAACUAAUUUUAUUAUUAUUUAUUUAAUUUAUUGCGUAAUAUUUAUUUUUUAUUUAUUAUUUAAUUUAUAUAAAUUUUCUCUUUUUUUCACUACUAAAGGCAUCAUACCGACCGAUGAAAGGUCUAAAAACUAAAAAAAAAAAAAGCAAAAAUAAAAUAAAAAGAAGAAGAAUGAAUAAGAAAAAUACGCACAACUUAGGUGAAUAGUCACG